AUGUCCAACCUUGGCACUGUUCCUAGGACGGCUCCCAUUGCCAUUGCGCCUAAACCUUCUCAGCUCUUUUCUAGUCGCCAUCCUAUCAACGACGUAUCUCUGAAUAGUAUGAACAGUAAUGAUUCAACCGAUUCGGAUUCUGCUGUAAGUGCAAACUCAACGCCUUGUGAAUCUUGUCUAAGAAGGCGACUCAAGUGCGUUGUUGGAGAUGACGACGAUAGCUGCGCAUCUUGCCAAGUCCGGGGGAUCCCAUGUUCUUUAAAUCAGAGCCCUCAGCCUCGCAAAAGAAAGCUAGCGCGUGACUCGAACGAAGAGAGCAACGGGAAGAGAGGAAGACUGCGGCAACGUCAAGCUAGCUUGUCAAGUACAACUGCAAGCACUUCCUUAAUCGAGGAGAUGGCUAAUUUUGGCGGUCCAACUUUACUCAAGCGCACGCUCGGUCUCCAGGAAGACCGGUACAGCCAGUACAUAGGUCCGACCACUGACUUUGAGCCGUCCUUGAUCAACCUCUCUCCAUUCGACCCUCAAGAUGAGAGCCUUCUCGCUCGAGGUACUCUUAGGAAAGUUAGCGAUAAUGACAUCUUUUUGAUGUUGCCUGAUAGUGCGACCCCUGGUCACGAGCGUCAAUACGACGAUAUCGACGAACUCCAGCGACUUGUGACUCCCUACGGCCGCAAGUUGAUUGAUCUUUAUUUCGAAGUUGUACAUCCCGCAUUUCCCAUCGUCCAGAAGAACGUCUUCUACGAGAAAUACGAUCGAAACUACCGGGACUUCUCACCGCCGCUGCUCGCUGCUGUUUACAUCCUUGCUAUUAACUGGUGGGAUUACUCGGAGGAGCUAUCCAAAUCCCAGCGACCAAACGUGCGAGAAAUUGAGAGGAUAAUACGAUCUUCUUUGGCUGAUGCUAUGUGGCGCCCGAAGCUCUCUACCGUGCAAGCCGGACUUUUACUCUCGCAACGACCCGAGGGCGACCAAUGGGCCCCGACCGCCCAGAUUGUGGCGAUCGCUCAAGAACUCGGCCUCCACCUAGAUUGUACACACUGGAAGAUACCGCCUUGGGAGAAGGGACUUAGGAAAAGACUUGCUUGGGCUUUGUAUAUGCAAGAUAAAUGGGGAGCUCUUGUUCAUGGACGGCCGUCACAUAUCUUCAGUUCUAACUGGGUUGUGCAGCCUCUAGCAUCAAAUGAUUUUCCAGAGACAGAAUUAGACGAACAGAAUGAAGAGGAAAAGAUGGAUAUAGAACGAGGUCGAACGUUGUUUGUUCAAAUGAUCUAUCUUACGCAGGUGCUAGCCGAGAUCCUCGAGACCUUCUACACGCUUGAGGCUAUGCAGAACGUUACCGAUGCCGGACCGCAAGGCACUCACCUUGUUCUGGGCCUGGCGAAACCCAUACAGCUUAAGCUCAAAGAGUGGUAUGCUGCGCUCCCAGGCAUAAUCCGUAUGGAUUCUUCUUUCCAGUCUAGUACCGUUGCCCCCGCCGUCGCAUCCACGCGGUUGUCGAGCAUCGGAUAUCUGCACUUGGCUUACUUCGCAACGGAAAUCACCCUCCAUCGCCGGAUUAUCCGGUCUUUAGAGACGGAUUCGCAGGCUGUUGACCCUUACGUCCAACACAUUUGCCGUAGCGCUGCGAAAGCUCGUCUGAUAUCCGCUAUGGACUUUGUUAAUCGGCUGACGCCUCAACAUCUCCGAUCCUUCUGGUACUUUGCCUCAAAGACCAAUUUUGCUUUAAUUGGCACCUUUGGGUCACUUCUCUGGGCCACCUCUCCAGGUCGCGAAGAGGCGGACUGGUACCGACGCAGACUUGGAGAGUAUCGCUGGACGCUAAGCGUUAGCAGUAAGCCCGGCGAAUCAAAAGGUCUCACCGAAUUUGCGAUGGGCAUGCUUGAUAUAUCGACCGGACUGCUGAAAAAACUCCCCGAGAAACCGGAACUGAGCCGCAGCGGAAGCGCUAUCGAAUUCGAAGCCGGCAGGCGUCAAAGCAUCUUCUCUAUGGGUAUGGGUAUGGGUAUCACUCUAGGAGAGCAAUAUAGCAGCAUGGCCAGCGCCGACAUUAGCAACAUCCAGAGUUCCGAAAGUCAAAUCGAUAGUAGCGACGAGGAUUAUGAUACGUUUGCCCCAAUGGCUGGGCUGGCUGGCAUGGGUGACUGA